UUUGGGGCUGAGCAGGCAGAGCAGGAAGCACUUCCCUCCUGGAGCAGGUGGGAGGCACUGAAGGAGAGUUAAGACUGCAAAAGUAGUGCGCGUUGGUGGUGUUGGUGAUGCCGAGGGCACGGAGGGUACAGGAGGGGUGACACUGCACAGUGGUUAAAACAGUGCAGAGGGUUUGGCUGACCCGUUAUUUCUUUCACAGCCAAGAUGCCAGUGGCAAGAAUGCGCAUGAGGCCCUGGUUGGAAAUGCAGAUUGAUUCCAAUCAAAUACCAGGACUGAUAUGGAUUAACAAGGAUAAGAGGAUAUUUCAGAUCCCAUGGAAACAUGCAGCUAAGCACGGCUGGGACAUGGAGAAGGAUGCCUGCCUUUUCCGGAGCUGGGCCAUUCACACAGGAAGAUAUAAAGAAGGUGAGAAAGAUCCUGAUCCAAAAACCUGGAAGGCAAACUUCCGCUGUGCCAUGAAUUCCCUGCCUGACAUCGAAGAAGUGAAGGAUAAAAGCAUCAACAAAGGCUCCAGUGCUGUCAGAGUUUACAGGAUGCUGCCACCCUUGACAAAGCAUCAGAAGAAAGAAAGGAAGUCAAAGUCUUCAAGAGAAGUCAGAAACAGGAGCAAGAGAAAGUUCUGUGAAGAGGAGAGGCUGGAGGAGUCAGCAGAAAGGUUCCCCAACACCCCCCUGCCAGAUGACCACAGCGGCUACACCAUGCACGAGUACACAGGGCAGGAAGUGGAGAUGGAGAGCACGUCCAUGACCCUGGACCUGUCCUCCUGCGAGGUGAGUGGCUCCCUGCCCGACUGGAGGCCGGCCCUGGACGUGCCCAUGGCUGACAGCACCAACGACCUCUACCAGCUCCAGGUGUCCCCCCUGGCCUCGUCCUCUGAAGUCACAGAUGAAGAUGAAGAGGAAAUAAACCCAGAUAUUUUUAAGCUGCUUGUACCAGCCCAAGACUGGCACAACACCAGCAUUGGUGGGAAGGGCUUUCUCACCAACGAGUCGGGCACCCAGACCAUGUGCAGCACCUACAGCUACAAGGAGCAGGACGGGGAGAUCGACACCACCUCAGGAGAGGCAGAUUUCAGGUUCCUUGACCAGAAAAGCAGCCUAGACUUCUCCUGGCUGGAUACAGUGAGGCCUGUCAUUCACUGUGGCUUGUAAACCCCUGGAUCCUCCCACCACAAACUGCUCCUGGAUAGAAACUUUGACAAGACUGGAGAGAAUGGAAGAAACAUCUUGUUACUGACCGAUGAAAGUAAAGUAGCUUUUUGAUUCCGUUUUAGCUUUGGGCCUGGAAAGGUUCCCAUGAACAGCUCCAUUGUCAAUCCAAGGAACCCUCUCUCACCAGCAGGACUCUGGCACUGGGGAGGCACCUGGUCCCUGCAGAGGGGAAGCUUCUGCUGGCAGGUGUCAGUGUGCCAUGAGCCCAGCCUGGUGGGUCCACAGGCCUGGGGAGCAGGUUACCACCCUCCCCACGUGGGAUGUGAUGAGCACUUUACCCACAGAGUGCCUGGGGGAGACACUGCAGAGUCUCUUACCUGUUAGUUUUGGUUGCUGCUUUACCUGUGCAACACUGGUGACACUGAGCAAAAUGACUCUCAUUACUCUUAGUCAGGAAAAUUGCACUAAUGGGCCCUCUCUUCUUUGAUUUACUCCAUCAUAUAGUACAUCUUUCAGAUCUUUCAAACUCUGUACAUAGUUUAGACAAUAAAAUGUGAAAAUUCAGUUUAGGUUUUGCUUCCAGCUAGUCUGUUCCCCAAGUGCACUCCCAGGGUGCCCUCUGCUGUAGCCAUGCCCCAUCCAUUUCCAUGGAAGAGUUGAAGAGCUGCUGCACGAAACAAUUUUGCACUGAGAAGGGCAGAGCUCUUUGCUUUUAUCAUGCCUUCCCUAGAUCCCUCCUGGCACUCUCCAGGGAUCCCUCCAGCACAGCACCCAAGCCAUAACAUCCUACAGCCCCCCUGGACCAGCCUGUGCGGGGAAGUGCAGGAUGGAUGAGGCUCUGGUUUGUGUGUAAUACACGGGAACCAAAUCACUAAGCUGUAACAGACUAUUUUCUUGUACAUUUUAUUUUUGUAUAUAAAGUGUUGUAUAUUUGUUUUAAUAAAAUG